UAGAAAAACUGAACAUACUGGCAACCUUAAAAUAAUAUCAAUAGCCGGCAUGGAAUGAUAACAAACAAGUCUAACUAAGUUUGAUAGAUAAGCAGUCUACCUCGCUGUAAUAGCAAUUGUCAAUAGGAAAAUUAGCUCUAAUCCUUCAUUAAAUAACGUCGCUAUUUAAUAAUAAGCUAAUGCGAUGGCGACAAAUCCUAAAUUCACAUUUCGACGAGCCAAAAUCGAAGACAUUUGUGCCGUACGUCAAAUGAUACAGGAACUGGCUGACUUCGAAAAGAUGAGCGAUGGCCCGAAGCUAACAGAGAAAGACUUGAUACGCGAUGCCGGGCUCGAUGGAGGUCAAGAAUACUGUCACAUUUAUGUGCUCGAACUGCAAACUGAAGAGCAGCCUACGCCCGUCACUAUAGGUUAUAGUAUUUGCUUCUACUCCUACUCAACAUGGCAAGGGAGAGCGUAUUUUCUUGAGGAUAUUUAUGUGCGUCCCGCAUAUCGUCGUUUAGGUGCUGGUUCCUAUAUUUUCCGUGCUAUUGCGGAUAAAGCAAAGGAAUACAAUUGUAAACGUUUGGAUUUUCAUGUGCUUGGUUGGAAUCCAGCACGUAAAUUUUAUGAAAGAAUGGGCGCCGUGGAUUUGACUGAGAGUGAAGAAUGGCAUUUUUAUCGACUGCAUGGCGAACAAAUUGAGAAAUUGGCCCUUGGAGUUUAGAAUUGUUUUGCCAAAACGAAGCAAACAAAAGCAGGGAAAGUAGUAAAUUGCUACAACAACAACAACACAGCAAUAAAGAAAGGUAGUGAACUGCUACAACGAGACGAUAUGGCAUUAAGGGGUUAUAUACAGUUAGAAACCGAAAAAACGAAUUUUCCAGAAUUUUUUCAGAGAAAAUUUUUAAAUUUAUUGAUCUAAAAAUUUGUGUUAUUUAUGGGGUUGGUGUCGAAAUUCUGUAUGUACAAAAUUCUAAAAACAAAAUUCUGCUUUUUAAAAUUCUGCUUUUUUUAAAUUCUGCUUUCUAAAAUUCUGCUUUCAAAAUUCUGUAUUACAAAAUUCUGCAUUAAAAUAUAAUGUUAACAAUGUUAAAGAGGUAAUGUAAUUAUUUAAUUUAUUAUUAUUAUUAUUUUUUAUUAUUAUAAUAUAUUAUUCGAGAU